AUGUCUGAUUUUAAAUCUAUGAGUACCAGAGUAUUACAAAAAAUACAUUAAUAGAAUAAUAUAAUAAUAAAAGGAAAAAAUAGGUACAACAACAAGAAGAUUAGUAAAUCUUUAUAAAGAUAAUAAGUAGAAUUGAUAGUUGAAAAUUAUAGAGAAAUUAUGUAAAAAUCUCUUUUAAAUGAUUUAAAUAAUAUUUUAACUACUUUAUGCUUAGGCGAAAGAAAUGAAUCUACAGAAACCAUAACAUAUACAGGACCUGAACUUGUAAAUGUAAAGAAAAUAUAAGUUGAUAAUUUCAAGAAUUUUUCAAACGAAAAUAUGAGGAGUGCACUUUUAGACGUCGAGAAGAAAAAUGAAAUAUAUUUUUCUUAUUUAACAAAGGAAAUAGAUGAGAAAAAAAUAAAAAAACAAUCUCUUAAUCAAAUUUAGGCUCUUUAAAAAGCUUUAUAAAUAUAAAUUUUUGAUUAAAAUAAUUAAGAAAUAAACGAUAUUAGUAAUUUAAAAUAAAAUGAUUAAUUCAUAAAUAUCUAAGAAGUCCCAAAAUCGCAUAUUUCUUAUUUUCCGAAAGUAUCUUUUGCUUUAAUAAAAGGAAGAACAUGGUAAUAUUAUAUGUAAAAACUAUAAAUAAUAAUAGGAAGAUCUAUUGUUAAUAAUACAGAAGGAAAAAAAAAUAAUGCUUAUUGGUAAGUAGAUUUAGAAGUAGGAGAUUCGAAAAGAAUAUCCCGAUAACAUGCUAUUUGA